CCGUGAGAGUGGGCGUCGCUGCGGGGGUUUGUGGUAGGGGCUUCUAGGCCGGGCACCAGCCGCGCCCUGCCCCUUCCAUCCGGGGUUCGGGGUACGGUCGCCCCUGGUGGGCGGCUCCCGAAUCUUGAAGAAGAGCUCGAGAACUCGGACCGCCCGAGAGCUGCAGAGCCGCUCUGGGCAGGCGGGAAGAUGGCGGCGGCUUCUGUGUCUGCGACUUCUGAUUCUCAGUUCUCGAACAUCUUAACUGAACCAUCAAGGUCUAGUGGAAGUAUGGUUCGACGUUCUUCAUCUGCAUAUGUAGUAUAUCCACCCGACAAGCCUUUCCUCAACAGUGACCUGCGACGCUCCCCAAAUAAGCCUACAUUUGCCUAUCCAGAAAGCAACAGCAGAGCUAUAUUUUCUGCUCUGAAGAAUCUUCAAGAUAAGAUUCGACGCUUGGAACUUGAAAGGAUUCAGGCAGAAGAAAGUGUGAAAACCUUGUCUAAAGAAACAAUUGAGUACAAGAAAGUGCUGGAUGAACAGAUACAAGAAAGGGAAAAUUCAAAAAAUCAGGAAUCAAAACACAAUCAAGAACUGACAUCUCAAUUGUUAGCUGCAGAAAAUAAAUGUAAUCUUUUAGAAAAACAGUUGGAAUAUAUGCGCAAUAUGAUAAAGCACGCAGAAAUGGAGAGAACAUCUGUCUUAGAGAAACAGGUCUCCCUAGAAAGAGAACGACAGCAUGAUCAAACACAUGUUCAGAGCCAAUUGGAAAAACUGGAUCUUCUUGAACAAGAGUAUAACAAGCUUACCACAAUGCAGGCUCUUGCUGAAAAAAAGAUGCAAGAGCUGGAAGCAAAACUUCACGAAGAAGAACAGGAAAGAAAACGAAUGCAAGCCAAGGCAGCUGAGUUGCAGACUGGUCUGGAAACAAAUAGACUUAUCCUUGAUGAUAAGACAACCUCUUAUGUUCCCAGUGGGAGAAGAAUUAAAAAGAAGAAACCAAAACCUCCAGAAAAGAAAAGUCCUAGGAACUACCUUGGAACACAGCCACAUUAUAGAUUAUGUUUGGGUGACAUGCCAUUUGUAGCUGGAAAGUCAACAAGUCCCAGUCACGCCGUGGUCGCCAACGUUCAGCAUGUCCUGCAUCUACUGAAACAGCACAGUAAAGUUCUGUGCAACGAUCGCGUAGUCAACAAUGUUCCUUUGGUGAAACAAAUGUCGCCACGAAGCAGUAGAAGUAAGAAGUCAGGCACCCCUCCCUCCUGCAGCAUUCAUGAAGAGUUGUCAGAAGUCUUACAGACUUUACAGGAUGAAUUUGGGCAAAUGAGCUUUGAUCACCAACAACUUGCAAAACUCAUCCAGGAGUCACCAACUGCUCAGCUAAAAGAUAACUUGGAGUGUGAACUAGAGGCAUUAGUGGGAAGGAUGGAGGCAAAAGCCAACCAAAUAACUAAAGUUCGGAAGUACCAGGCCCAGCUGGAGAAGCAGAAGACAGAGAAACAAAGGAAGGAAUUAAGAUCCACGAAGAAGACUCUUGAGGAAGAUGGAAGCAGCAGCAACCGAACUGGAAUCACAGGGAACACAAAUAAGAAGGAUUAUACCAAAUUACGACCUGGAGAAAAAAGCAGGAAAAAUCUGCAGUUAUUGAAGGACAUGCAAACCAUACAGAAUUCAUUACAAAGUGGUGAUUUGUGUUGGGAUUACUGACUAUCAGGUCAUUAAAAAGUGUAACAAUCAUUUGAAUUUUAGUAGCUGAAAGUCCUCAUUAGAAAAGUGAUUAAAUGGUGCUAAAACUCACCCCAGCGCUGAACUAUAAGUGAAACUGAAACAACCAUUCCAGCCUUUGAUACUCUUUAAGGUGAGAUUUUAAAAUAAAUACUUCCAGUUUUAUCUGAUACUUUAUAGUAAAUGAAUAUGUAAUAAUCUGUCCACUUAUGUCGAAUCAGAACUUUAAUGCAUUGCAGAUAUAUAAGAUGCCCGUUUUGGAUACCAUGCCCUGUGACCUACAGUUUGUUUAUGUACUGGUUGUAGACCUCUGAAGUGUUACUACAGGGCACUGAGUGCGGUGCUUAUAGUCCUGUAUGCAGAGCUGUGGGAUACAGAGGAUUGAUGAAUUGGGAUAGGUUCUCAUAGGAUGACAUGACACCUAACAUCUAGCACAGUUGGUCAACCUGUUCUCUGCCAGGAGUCAUCGGGAUGAUAUUUGCAGACCAUACAGUAUUAUCAACUUAAGGAAAGUAGCCUUUAGAUUUGUUGAUUUCAAGUCCUGCCUGCAGGCCUCACUUUCCUUAACCUUGAUCUGCAGAAUAGGAAUCAGUCAGUAGGGAAAACAGUGAAAGGAGGCAGGAAACUAUAGUUUCCAUGGAAUAGCAUAAUAGUACUGGUAAUUAAAAAAAUGUGUGCAAGUGAGAAUGGAACAGUAGGCAGAGAGCAGGUAUCAGGAGUCUAUUCAUCUCUAAGUUCUGUGUUCCCUAAAUUCUGUGUUCCCUGGGAAAGGUACAUCUGUUCUGCCAUCUCAUAGACAUGCAUCAACAAUGAAUUUCACACUUAUGAAAUAUUGUGUAAAGUGCUACUGAUCUUUCUCCCCUCCUACACUUGAAGCCCUGAGCCAUCUUAAAUGCUUAGAGUGCAUGCACGUCAAUUAGAUUUCUUACAUAAAAUGAGGAAAACCACAGGAAGGUUUUGAACAGAGACUUUACUCGCUUUUGAGUGAAAUUUAUGAGAAUUUAAACCACUCUUUAUAUUACAAUAGAAAACUUGAAAUUAUUGAUCUCCAGCUGUAUUCUUUUAUGUUGGCUAAUGAUUAUGAUUGAAUGGAGAAUGGAUUUAAUAUUUGGAGUGCAAAACUUAGCUUAUUAACUACUUACUGUAAGGAAAAUUUUAACACAGUAAUCAAGUGACCAGUAAAUUUCACACAAUAGCCAAUCAUUUUGGUACCAAUUGUACUAAUACUGCUCCCUGUAAAACCAAGAGCAAGGCAAGGUUCAAAUCGUAGUGAAUUACUAAGGGAAACCAUUCUAUGCAAUGGUUCAGUCCCAGUAUAAGCACAACAGGCAGGGUUGGACCAGGCAGAGACUUCCUGUGGGGCUCUCCGUGGGCAGCAGGGCCAUAGUGCUCUGAAUUCACCCUGUGAUGUAGGAUGUGAGCAUCACAAGUUGUGGUCUAACCAGUUACAUCGUAAUCUCCUCCCCAUAUCACUUUUUUCUAAGCUCCUCAAGGCAAAAUGGCCUCAAAUUGAGCAUUUCCAUUUGGAGCAGGCAAAUUAAAUUUCCAAAUAACAUUUCUGCCCAAAAAAAUCCUAAGGCAAACAAGUUUAAACAUGGAUGAAAUUUUCUUAAACAGAUAAGGGGCAAGAAGCUCCCUUGUAACAGUUAAGUACAUAUCUCUUCUCGAAUAAAACAAAGGAGUCAGAUGUCAUACCAGCACCAAACCCCUGCAGCAGGCCAACAGUGAAACAAGAUUUCCUUUACUGGCACUGAGACUGUGAUGCAGCUUUUUCUUGCAGUUACAUUUAAUCAUUUAUUAGCGUUUCAGAAUUUGCAACAUAGUAGUAAAAUAUUUUAUGUGAAAUUUGAGCACAGUACAACUCUGCAUACUUGAGAAAAACCAAUUAAUUUGCAAAUGCAACAGAAGGUACAUGGCAAGUUUCUCGGCAGUUGUUAGACACAAAAAAUAGGGUAACAUGUCCUAUGAUGUUUCUAGUAAUUGGGAAAAUGAAACUAACCUGAAGAGCGUAUUAAUCUUAGAUAUCCUGGUUGUUUUACGUUUCCCUUUUUAUUUCCCCACCGACAUAGCCAUAAGGCAUCAUUUUGGAAUAACUUUCUGGUAAGUAUACAAAUAAUUAUCAGCAGUAAUUUUCAAUUAUGAGUACUCAUAACAUUCUGAAGAC